UAAAUAAUAUUAAUAACAUACUUUCAGUGUAAUAAUCAUGAUUCACAAGGAAUUCUUGCCCCUCCAAGAGAAGGUGGAGAUGUACUUCAAGGUUGACUUCAAGACUAGGUUUAAUAUCUUCGCAAAUGCAUUUAUGAAGAAAUAUAACGUGCCGAAUAAGUACUGCUGGUGCACUAUUUGCAAGGUAUCUACACUUGAUGAAGAUAGAUUUGCCUUUAUCAGACGCUACCAAACUACUCUUUCAAGCACUCCUUACUACGAGAGGAUUAUUUAUGAUAGGAAAGGAGAGGUUAUAGAGGCCCAAAUGCUCGAUGAUGAGACUAAAGGUGACCUCAAAAUAGCUGAAAAAUGAGUCUACCAAGCUAAAGGCGACAAUGUUAUCUAUGAAACCUUCCUCUACAAAAAUCCUGGAUGGAAAUCCUGGAUCAGAACCAAAAUGCAUUCUUGGGGUGUCGACACUAUGAAUGGACUUCUAGAAAAGGAAAAGGAGAUCUUCAGGAAGAAGAAGGAGGAAGUCCUAGCUGCCAAGAACAAGAUGCUGGCUAAAAAGGAGGAGUUCACUCAGAAAAAUAAAGAAGAGCUUAGACACAAGAAGGAGGAGUUAGUCCAAUCAGUCAAAGCUUUAACAAAGUUCAAAAGAAGGGAAGACUAGUUGUAAAU